AUGGAUGCAUGGCUGGGGCUCUCUCUCCCCGAAGAUAUAAUGAAUGCUCUUUUAACUAUGGGCUUUAAGGAACCUACACCUAUUCAAAAGCGUGUCCUUCCUGAUGCUAUAUUAAAACAUUUGGAUGUUCUUGGUGCAGCGCCAACGCAUUCAAUAGACGAUCGCAAAAUCGAGUCAAAUCCCACUGAUUGUAUUAGGCCUAUCUCAUCAAAAAAGUCUUCAGAAGGUGGCGACAAAGACUGUCUUAUUAAUAAUCCAUUUAAUAAUCUGUCUGAUCUAAGAAAACGCAAAGGGAAUCGUUUAUUUUGUGAUCUCGAUAUGAUUGAAGAACUUGAUCCUGAUACUGGUGCAACCCGAGCUAUACACUCCUUGCCCUCAGUGGAUCAAUUCCUUCUUCAACCAUCGUCCAAAAAAGAUAUAAUAAAUUAUAAAUAUUGUGAAAAAAAUGAUGCAAGUGGUCGUGUAUAUGGACUUGUUCUUUUACCAACGAGGGAAUUAGCAAUCCAAGUUUGCAAGCAUCUUCGAGCUGUGGCCGAGCACAUAAGCAGUCCACAGAUUAGGAUCGAAGCGAUUGUUGGCGGGCUGUCAAUAGAGAAGCAAAUUCGUCUUAUAAAACAUCGUCCAGACGUUAUUGUGGCAACUCCUGGACGUCUUUGGCAGCUUGUGGAACUAGUUAGUUGA